GAACACUAUCGACUAUCAUCAUCUUCAUCAUCAUCAUCAUCAUCAUCAUCACAAAUUAAAACAUCCUUCAAUCAACAUCUUUAAACUAUCAUCUUUAAGACAUUAUGGGAAGACAGAAGGUGAUCCUGGAAAAGAUGUCUCGGAUCUUUCAAGUUCGGAACAUACUGAUACGACAGGCUCUGGCAGAAUGCCUGGGCACGCUCAUACUGGUGAUGUUUGGAUGCGGUGCUGUCGCCCAGUUGAUUCUAAGUGGAGGCUCUCAUGGAAUGUUUCUGACGGUGAAUUUCGCUUUUGGGUUCGCUGCUACUUUGGGAAUCUUAGUUUGUGGGCAAGUCUCAGGAGGUCACAUAAACCCUACUGUGACCUUUUCCCUUUGUUUGCUGGGGAGAGAGCCCUGGAGGAAAUUUCCCGUAUACUUCCUGGCCCAGACUCUGGGGGCUUUUCUUGGCUCAGGAAUAAUAUUUGGCAUGUAUAUUGAUGCAAUUUGGGACUAUGGACAAGGUUCUCUAAUUGUUAUAGGGGACAAUGCAACGGCUGGAAUCUUUGCUACAUAUCCUUCUAAACACCUUACUUUGCUCAAUGGCUUCUUUGAUCAGAUGAUUGGCACGGCAGCUCUCAUAGUUUGUAUCCUCGCCAUUGUGGACCCUUACAAUAACCCCAUUCCACAAGGACUGGAGGCCUUUACUGUGGGCUUUGUAGUCCUAGUGAUUGGUCAGUCCAUGGGUUUUAACUCAGGUUAUGCUGUAAACCCAGCCAGAGACUUGGGACCUCGGAUCUUCACAGCAAUUGCUGGAUGGGGUACAGAGGUGUUCUCAGCCAACUCUUACUGGUCCUUUGUACCAAUCUUUGCCCCAUUCAUUGGCGCCAUGUUUGGUGUGAUGGUGUAUCAGCUGAUGGUGGGAUACCAUGUGGAAGGAGAAGCAAGAGAUAAAAGGGAAACAGAGGAAAAAGAAGAGAAGGAAAGACUCAAACUCUCUGCUGUUUCUGAGAAGGAGACAGCGUAAGUCUGGGAUCAAAUGGAGUUGUUUUCCCACAGUUCUGUUUAGCUUCUAAAAUUUAAUUUUGCUCUCAUGACAAUAUAGUAGCAAUACUGUGUAUCUUGUACCAACAUUAAAUCAAAACUUUUGACAGUUACCCUUGACAUCAUGAUUAGACUCAAACUAAUUAGUUGUAUUUUUUGCAGUAUGUGCGUAAUUAGUUGAUGUCCUAACAGUUUAAUUGAUGAAUCAUAAUUUGCAUUUAUACAUAAACUUACCAGUUAUCCUUUCAGUUUAUUCCAAAAAAUGGUCAAUCAUAGCCAAAUUAAUUCAUCCAAUCUGCUAACAAGUCAUUUGUUGUCACCCUUUCAUUUAUCUCUAAUAGUUCUGCCUGCAUAAUGAAUAAUUAUGAAUAAGGGAUAUGAUUUAUGAAAACCUUCACCCUUAUGAAUACUGCAUCAAAAGUACCUGUUCCGCUAAUAUUACAAUUGAAUAUAUCACAAUAUUACAAGUGAAUAUUAAUGAGUGUUGUAAUUAUGCAGUGAGAAACCCAGUCCUCUUUACAUUAUGUGGCUUUAUGCCUUUUUGGAAACGUAUCUAUUGUCCAGAUAUGUUUUGAUGUAUCACAUGCCUGUUUCUGUUCUGGUUUACACUGUUCAGGGUUUACACUGACUAUGCAUAUAAUAUAUCGUGUUCAUUUGCUCUUCACUGUGUUCACUGUGCUUUUUAAAAAUAAACAGCAUUUUUGGUAAAGCA